CCAUUCAAUAAUAAAGUAUGAGCCGAAGAACAAAUCUCAGUCAUCGAAAUUUAACAUUUCUCCCAAUAUGUUUUCUUUUCUCAUCAUCCUAGUGUCGGAGGUUUCUCAGGUGGUUAUUGCUGCCGUGGUCUCUAUAGUCUUCUUAGUGUUAGCGGGUCUAACACUGGCAGGUUCAGCCACGGCAUUAACCAUAACCACACCGCUUUUUAUCAUACUCAGUCCUAUUCUCGUACCAGCCACGAUAGCCACUGCUGUCAUAACUACAGGAUUCACCGCCGGUGGCGCACUCGGAACGAUGGCCGUUGCUAGUCUCAUCAGCAUGCGACGUAGGUUUGGAGGUAGGAGAUUUGGGGGAGGUAGGAGGUUUGGGGGAGGUAGGAGAUUUGGGGGAAGAUUUGGAGGGGGCCAAAAUCCGUUUGGAAAUAUCUCAAAAUGGUUAGGACCAGGGGCCGCAGGUGGAGGUUUACCUGGAGGACUUGGAGGACUUGGAGGACUUGGAGGGGGCGAGAAUCCGUUUGGAAACAUCUCAAAAUGGUUAGGACCAGGGGCCGCAGGUGGAGGUAUACCUGGAGGACUUGGAGGGCUUGGAGGGGGCGGAAAUCCGUUUGGAAACAUCUCAAAAUGGCUUGGACCAGGGGCCGCAGGGGCCGCAGGUGGAGAUGCACCUGCCGCUGAAACUGCACCUGCCGCUGGAGCUGCACCAGCCGCUGGAGCUGCACCUGCCGCUGGAGCUGAACCGGCUGCUGGUGGAAGUACACCACCCACAUGGUAAAGGAAAUAAGUCAAGUUGUUCCAACAUGUAGCAGAUAUAUAUUGUGUAUUGUGCAUUGAUUCAUAAGGAAACAAAAGCUUUUUAAAACGUUUAAUGUUCAUAUGUAAUCUCGAAGCUGAUUAUACUGAAAUAAAGAAACACAUGGACUA